GGCCAGGAUCCCUCGCAGCUCGGACGCGGAGAUCCGCACACGCUCCAACCCCUCCGCCAUCUUCGCGGCGGCUGCUACAGCUGCUGCGACUCCGCCACCGCCGCGCGCAGCCAGGAAACCACGACGGACGGGCGGCGCGCGCUCACCCACUCCCACCCUUUUCCCCGCCCUCUCUUGUCGCCCUCCCCAAACGACGGUGGCCGCACUGGGAGCAAAAGCUUUCAGCUCGUUCAACUAGGGCCAUUCAGGCCGUAGAGCCAGCGUGUGCGCGUGCGCUUGCGCAGAGGUGUAACGCUGGAAGGUACGCUGAGGCUUGGAGGUGAAGGCGCAGCGCCCAGGAGGUGAGGUGAGGCGAGGGCAGGUACGGCUCGCCCACGCCAGUAUUUCCUAAAUGACCUUUCACCCUUUGCCACAUUGGUCCUGGGCCAAGAUGGGCCAGUCAAAGUCCUUACCCAGAAUUUUUUGAACUGAAAGUGAGAGAAAAUCCCUCUUCAGUGUGGAAGCCAUAAAAUGUAAAACACAGAAACUGUCAGCAGCCAUGUGUCCUGUCGUGUUGAACCAGCUGGUCUGCUGUGAAAAGGAAGCCGACAUGCCAAAGGCAGCAGAGAACCAUGUGUGCUCAGUACUGCAUCUCCUUUGCUGAUGUUGAAAAAGCCCAUAUGAACAUUCGAGAUUCUGUCCACCUCACGCCAGUACUAACAAGCUCCAUUUUGAACCAAAUAGCAGGACGCAGUCUUUUCUUCAAAUGUGAACUCUUUCAGAAAACUGGGUCUUUUAAGAUCCGUGGUGCCCUUAAUGCCAUCAGAGGCUUAAUUCCUGACCCUCUGGAGGGGAAACCCAAAGCCGUUGUUACUCACAGCAGUGGGAACCAUGGCCAGGCUCUCACCUAUGCUGCCAAACUGGAAGGGAUUCCUGCUUACAUUGUGGUGCCUCAGACAGCUCCCAACUGCAAGAAACUGGCAAUACAAGCCUACGGAGCCUCUAUAGUAUAUAGUGAACAGAGUGAAGAGUCCAGAGAAAAGGUCACUCAACGAAUUAUGCAAGAAACAGAAGGCAUCUUGGUCCAUCCCAACCAGGAGCCUGCAGUGAUAGCUGGACAAGGGACAAUUGCCCUGGAAGUCCUGAACCAGGUUCCUUUGGUGGAUGCACUGGUGGUACCAGUAGGGGGAGGAGGAAUGGUUGCUGGAAUAGCCAUUACAAUUAAGGCCCUGAAACCUGGUGUGAAGGUCUACGCUGCUGAACCCUUGAAUGCAGAUGACUGCUACCAGUCCAAACUGAAAGGAGAACUGACUCCCAAUCUUCACCCUCCAGAAACCAUAGCAGAUGGUGUCAAAUCAAGCAUUGGCUUAAAUACUUGGCCUAUUAUAAGGGACCUUGUGGAUGAUGUCUUCACUGUCACAGAGGAUGAAAUCAAGCAUGCAACCCAACUGGUGUGGGAGAGAAUGAAACUGCUCAUUGAGCCUACUGCUGGUGUUGGAUUGGCUGCAGUGCUGUCCCAGCAUUUCCAAACAGUCUCUCCUGAUGUGAAGAACAUCUGUAUUGUACUCAGUGGUGGGAAUGUAGACCUAACCUCCCUAAACUGGGUGAAGCAGGCUGAAAGUCCUUACCAGACUAUUUCUGUUUAAAUUCAUGAAUUGUCUCUAGAUGAAAAUUGUUUUCAAAAUCCUAAUGGAGAAGAAUAUUUUAGUAAGAGUUAUAAUUUGGUGACCAAGUAAUAGUGUAAACAGCUGAAAUAGAAAGCAGACUGCCUUGUCACAACCCACACUAAAUUCUGUCUGCAGCAGACAGAAUCCACUGAAUCCAUUAUUCCAUGUCCACUUCAGAUGCUGCUGAGGAGAUCUCACUUUUCACCCAUGGUACUGGCUCUGGUACAUAUGGGUCAUAAGUCCAUUUGGGGAAAACUCGCUUAUAGAGAUUCAUUAAUACUGUAUCCUGAGAUUUUAGCUUCCCAUCAAAACUGCACUUCAUAUGGCCAUGGGUACCUAGAAGGAAAACAGCAAAUUGGUUAAAGUAAAGUAGGCACUAAAGCAGUGAACUUUACAGCCCAAUAGUCCUUUGGUAACACUUGGGAAUCCCAGACUCUUACCUAGAGGCUCCUUGAUGUGUCCCCUGCGGCCCCACUUGGUUCUCAGUUCCACAGGCUUAAACCACAUCACAUCCUCUUAGAAUAGAACACACAGACACAAAAUCAAACAAUGUCAAGCCUGUCUUCCCACCAAAGGGAACCAGAUCCCUCUCGUCAUUCAUGCCUACCUCUGUUGAAGAACAUGUAACGCACCACUGCCAUCUUAGUACAAAUUUUGAACGGAUGACCACUCAGAACAACUCUCUUGAUGACCAUCCUGUCUGGAUCCACUGACAACAGGUGGCCUGUAGCAAUGAGGCUGUGCACUCCUAUGGAAGGAGAGCAGCUGUUAAUCUACAGGCCAUGCCCUUCAGCUACUGCUCUCAUCUAUUUUAAAGACCCAUGCCAGACUCUCGGAGAAGUGUACUGUUACCUUUCUGAGGUCACAAAAGACCAAUAAAAAAAUAUUUUUAUUGAGCCUGCCCCCCAAACCCACCUUAAAAAUAGUACUCCAAGCAGUCUCUACUCAAGUGUGCCAACAGGAAAGAACUAGCUUAUCUCCUGGGCUUACUUACACCCUCAAUGAGGUUGAAAUUGGUAUUUUGGAAAAACCAGCAGCAUACCUUCUUAAUAUAGCCUAAUUACAGAAAAGUUAUGGUCCUAGUAGGUUUACCGUUUACCAUUUAGAAUUCAACAUACCGUUGCUUCUCUGCUUGAAAAGUAGCACAGAUGCAGGAGGAAAAGUGAUUGGCGCAAACACUGUCACCACCAAGGCCGCAUCUACAGUCAGGAAUCUCUGAAAUUUAUGUUUAUCAGCUUCCAUAGUAAGGGUCCAAAAUAAAUAGAAAAAAAAAGUGAAAAGCCUUGAGAAACCAUAAGCAAUGCAAAGGCUGUCAAAAGCUUUGCUGCUGCCACACACAGACCCACCUUUUAAAGUUAUGAUAAUGCUAUAGAUCAACAUCAUAUUCUCAGCCUAACUGUAACUCUUAACCAAAAGCACUGGUGUUUAUGAUUAUGUUUUUAUUUAACUAUGUGUCUGGGUAUAGGUAUAUAUAUAUAUAUAUCCAUGUGGGUAUGCAUGUGUAGGUGCCUCUAAGCUGAUCAGUGUGGUAGGUACUGGGAACUGAACCAGGUCACCUAUAAGCUCCAGUCUGCUUUGUUUUGAGACAGGUUUAUGUAUUGCAUGCUGGCCUUGAACUUACUGUGUACCUUCCUCCAUAUUUCUCAAGGGCUAGGAUUACCAGCUUCAUCUGUGUUUCUCUAUACUACUCUCAUUUUUUCCCCUCCAUAAAUACAACUAAAACAUAAAACCUAGUCCCAUUAAUAAUUUUUCAACUGGAGACAGAAUAGAGCUUAGACUAUGGUUGGCACUGAAAGUCCUCCAGGUGAUGUGAUCUCACUACAACCAAAACUUUUACUCAGGCUGACUGCGCAGCAACUCAGUCUCCAGCAGAAACAGCUUCUACCCAGAAAGCCUCUUUUGUGUUGGGUGCAGAACAGUAAGCUAACAGAAAAGCUCUGUUCAUUGCAAGACAUUUAUUACUUUCUUAAAAUAAUAAAAGCUUUUAAAUACA